GUUGCCUCUGUGCUGGCCUGCCUUGCGUCCGCGCGGGCCCUCGACACCAAGAAGCGGGGGUCCUGCGAGUGCCUGCAGUGGGCGGGGGUGUACUACGAUCAGCUGGCCGCCUGCGGCCGCGGCAAGGAGCUCCACUUCCUCUCCAAGUACGGCUUCAGUGCCGCCUAUGCCGCCACCGAGCCCAUCGCUGGGCUGCCGCACAAGGUGUGCAACGACUACUUCAAGAACCUGAAGAACAACUCCUGCGUCAACGUUGACCUGCUGGCGACGAGCACGGCCGAUGAUAACCUCCACCCGGCCAACAGCUUUCCGGCUGACCCUCUGGCCGCUUCCCAGUGGUGUUACGUGUCGAACGAUUGCGAUACCCUGAACGGUGGCGAUUACGCCACCAACAUCAUGGGCUUCCAGCUGGGCGGGUGGAACAAUCUUGCCAGUACCAGCAACCUGUCCUGGAAGAUCUGCGAUCCGAUCGCGGACGCGGGCGUCAUGAUGAAGUUCAAGACGGUCGCAGAGCUGAACGCGAUCGCCGAGGAGAGCGAUAUCAGCAUCUCUCGCACGUUGCGGUUGGCCUACCCCGUCGUGCAGAUCACUUGGGCCGAGGCCAUGUACAUGAUGGAGGGCAUCAACGCUGCUUGGGACGGCGUCGCCACCUUAACCGAUCUGGUCGACGGGCUGACGGCUCCGCCGAGCUCCCCCACCAGGCUCAUGGAGGUGCACACGCAGCUCGGCGACAUCGUCAAGUCUGGGCAGGGCUACAUCCUCGACACCCCAGGGCACGGGGACAACUUCCACGUCAUCAGGGGCCGCGAGGUGUACACCGUGACGAGGAUCGCGCUGGGCGACAUGGCGUACCUUGGCGGCCACUUCUACCUGGAGUUCGAGCUGAAUUGCCUCAUGGGCUGCGUCACGUCCCGCGUGGAGGCCCUCGACCUGGAGUCGCAGUGA